UCCUGGCGACGCGGCGGUGCUAGCGGAUUCUCUACCCGCUACUUGUACUUUCUCUUCCUGACGCGUGGGUGCUGACCAUGCCUUCCCUGCUCUCAACCCCAAAGCUGGUUCCCGUUAUAGCAAGGCUCCGCGGCCUCUCAGAAUGCAUGCCAUGUUUACAGCGAAGGUACUCCCUGCAGCCUGUGCCGAAGAAGAUUCCAAACCGGUACUUAGGCCAGCCCAGCCCAGUUACACAUCCACACCUCCUCAGACCAGGGGAGGUGACACCAGGACUGUCUCAGGUGGAGUAUGCACUUCGAAGACACAAGCUGAUGGCCCUGAUCCACAAGGAAGCACCAGAGCACAGUGGGACAGACCACACAGUGGUGGUCCUCUCUAACCCUACUUACUACAUGAGCAAUGACAUCCCCUACACAUUCCACCAGGACAACAACUUCCUGUAUCUGUGUGGAUUCCAAGAGCCUGAUAGCAUCCUGGUCCUUCAGAGCUUCUCUGGGAAGCAGUUGCCAUCCCAUAAGGCCAUGCUUUUUGUGCCUCGGAGAGACCCUGGUCGAGAACUGUGGGAUGGCCCUCGGUCUGGCACGGAUGGAGCAGUAGCCCUAACUGGGGUAGAUGAAGCCUACACCCUGGAAGAGUUUCAACACCUAGUACCUAAAAUGAAAGCUGAGACGAGCAUGGUUUGGUAUGACUGGAUGAAGCCUUCUCAUACACAGCUUCACUCAGACUACAUGCAGCAUCUAACUGAAGCCAAAGCCAGGAGCAAGAACAAGGUUCGGAGUGUCCAGCAGCUGAUACAGCGCCUCCGGCUAGUUAAAUCUCCUGCAGAGAUUAAGAGAAUGCAGAUUGCUGGGAAACUGACAUCAGAGGCUUUCAUAGAGACCAUGUUUGCCAGCAAAGCUCCAGUAGACGAAGCCUUUCUUUAUGCGAAGUUUGAAUUUGAAUGCCGGGCCCGAGGUGCAGAUAUCUUAGCCUACCCACCUGUGGUUGCAGGCGGUAAUCGCUCCAACACUUUGCACUAUGUGAAGAACAAUCAGCUCAUCAAGGAUGGUGAAAUGGUGCUUCUUGAUGGAGGUUGUGAAUCUUCCUGCUAUGUGAGUGACAUCACCCGGACAUGGCCUGUCAAUGGCAGGUUCACCGCACCUCAGGCAGAACUCUAUGAAGCUGUUCUAGAGAUCCAGAGAGCGUGUUUGACACUGUGCUCUCCUGGGACAAGCUUGGAGAACAUCUACAGCGUGAUGAUGACCCUAAUGGGACAGAAGCUGAAGGAGCUGGGGAUCAUGAAAAGCAGCAAAGAAAGUGCCUUCAAGGCUGCACGGAAAUACUGCCCUCAUCAUGUUGGCCAUUACCUUGGAAUGGAUGUCCAUGACACUCCAGACAUGCCUCGUUCACUCCCUAUGCAGCCUGGUAUGGUGAUCACAAUUGAACCAGGCAUUUAUAUUCCAGAGGAUGACAGAGAUGCACCAGAGAAGUUUCGAGGUCUCGGAGUACGGAUUGAGGAUGAUGUCGUAGUGACUCAGGACUCACCUCUGAUCCUUUCUGCAGAUUGUCCCAAAGAGAUGAGUGACAUUGAACAGAUCUGCAGCAGGACCUCUUGACCACCACUGAGCCGUUACAUCUCAGGUCCAAGACUGGCAUUCCUGCCUGUGUGUACAGUCAGUGUCUCUGUGGGGAAUUAGACCCAGGUCCCAUGGGGAGUGCACAGCUGUAUGAGCGGAUGUCCCUGGAUAUGAGGACAUUUUCAUGUUAAGCAGAUGUAAAUCUGAAAUGGUGAACUCUGGAACAAUCUGUUACUAGGCCUUUAGCAACAUUAAUUCUGAAAAGUUAAUGAUCCAGGAAGUUUAACAUGUGGAUGUAAAAUACAGUUUUGGUUGUGUGUGCCCAUGCAUUCCAAUUAACACAUUUCAGCAAAAAAAAAAACCAAACAAACAACUUUUCUUCAAGUUCUUCUCUUCUUGCCCUUGUGCUAGGAUCCACUUUUUAUCCUAAGAUGCUUGUGUGAUGCCUGUGUUUUUACUCUUCACCAAAGUCUCUGCUUAUGCUAAAAGCUACCUUUCAGUGCUCCAAGUGACCAGUAUUUAUCUUCCAUGAUCUCUGCCUCCCCGGCCAAGUUCUUCACAUCUGCCGGGACCUCUCAGGCUCAGGAAACACGGGUGUCCUGCAGUCUUUCCAUUCAGCCACAGGACAGCAACACCAGCCACCCAACAAGAAUCUUGAUCUUUCUUGCCAUGGUUGCCUAGCACCUAGAAAGUGCCCAGGUUCUUCUAAGGAAGGAAAUAAAAGAGAAGGUAAAGUAUCUGUGUCCCCACAGAUCCAGGCCUUGAGCUUUGUUUUCUCCAAUUUAAAGGGGAUUCUUUUUCAAACAUCCACCUUCCUGUCCUUCAUAGGUUCUUCUCUUAGACAAAAUGUCAUUGUGUGCCUCAGAUCCUUCAUCAGUUGCUUUCCUUUGUGAAAGGCUCUUAUGUAGCUCAUGCUGGCCUCAAACUACCCAUCUUCCUGCACCCUCCCCACCUUUAUAGGGUUUUUGUGGUUUGGUUGGUUGGUUUUUCAAGACAGGGUUUCUCU